GUUCCGCCGCAGCCGACACCAGGUGUCGCACGUGUCGCGCCAACUCGACCAGAAUUUGAAAAUGUCCGGGAAUCCCUUCGUCCGAGACGAAGAUUAUGCUGUGAAAAUGUUCCGGAACCCUCUCGUGUACUUGAACAAAUCUUCAAACGCUCUUGUGGUAGAUGAUGACGACGAUGACGAUGACUGGGAGAAGGAAAACUAUGGGAGUGGAUUAGGGGACAAGCAGGUCCCCGACUGCCAAGAUAAACUGGGUCCCCUCGACAGUGGUGCUACAGACAUCAUCGGCCAUCGUCCUGACCACCACCACUGCUACCCUGAAGACGAUGAUGGUGAUGAUGCUGAUGAUGACAAUGAUAUUGUCUGUAUGAGACGAGAGCUUGACGUGCUUCUUGGCCGGACAGGGCCUUCAAAAAGGGUCACUGUGCAUACAUCGCUUUCACGGCAGCAUCGCCGCUUCCUGGCCGACAUAGACGACAACGUCCAUGGCAGGUUGACCACAGCUGCGGACAGCGGACAAAUGUCGGUGCCACAGAAAGCGACGGCGAAAGAAAACAAGGGGACAAAGACGAGUAAAUUAAAGGGGGACGCGAAAGACAAGGAGGGGAAAAAAGCGAAAAGGGGAGAGUCGUCAGCCGAGGAGACGAAGAAGGGAAAAGGGGCGGUUAAGACGAAUAUGGAGGCGACUCGCAGGAAGGAUGUGGGUCCCGCUAUGACCAGUGGAGAUGAAGAUGUCAUUGAACGAGGAGCCGGUCGGGAGGUGACGAAGGGCAGCAGACAACCCAACAACAAGACGAGUGUGACCACCCCUCCUGGUCACUCUUUACCAAGUAUUGACGAAAGACUUAGCCAACUAAGACCAUCCAGAGAACUCCUCGAGUUCUAUCGCAAGAAGAUCGCCGAAUACAACGAGGAACACACCGGCAUCGUGACCCACAUCGACGCCUACAAGGAAACCUACGAGGAAAUGGGCAAACUGCAGUGGGAGAUCCGUCAGCGAGAGGGUGAAAUUGUGGAGCUCCAACAGGCCCUUAGUGACAUGCAGCUUUUCCUGUACCAGGAGAAAGACCAUGUGUUGCGGCUCUAUGCAGAGAACGACCGUCUAAAGCUGAGGGAACUUGAAGAUAAACAGAAAAUCCAGCACCUUUUGAGCCUGGGAGGCUACCCAGAGGGGGAGGUGACUUAUUUCCAUAAGGAACCUCCAGCCAUGGCCAUCAUUGAGCAGAAAUACUCCAAGAGUGAGAACCAAGGAAUGAAAAAGAAGAAAUCGUGUGAGGCGAAGUGUUUGUGUGAAAGUCUUCGUCAGGACAACAAGAUUUUGUCAAUGCAGAUUGAACGUCUUCAGUCACAACUGGAAGAACAGACGAAGAAUUCCAAAGAGCAUAUUGCCAGCCUCUUUGCCGACAGAUAUGAGAAACAGAUGGAAGAAGAGGCUCGCCGGAAAAGGGACGAGAGAAAGAUCGAAGUCCUUCUGGAAAAUGCUCCAGUACCGGAGAAGGAGGGAAAGAAAAUGAUGACCAGCAACGACACCACCACCAGCAACAACACAACAAGCCAUCGUAGCAAUUUCGCCUCCGCUGCAAAACAAAGCUCGGAGGAAGUAAACGUUACGAUGGAGGAAAUAAAAAAUGCAAUGGAGUUGUUGAGAAAAGAGGGGAACAGUGUUUUCCUCAAUACACCUCAACAACUCAUACAUGACACAAACAAGAAAACAAUACUUUACAAGGUUUUCGACAAGAAAAACAAAAGACUAAUUAACGCAACACCCCAACAACUGGAAAUAGCUCUGAAGCCCAUAUGGGGAAAAAAGAGCUAUGUCACCAGAGGGAGGCGUUUUGGAACUGUGGAGGUUCGUUGCCCAACAGAGGAGGAUGCAAGGGCGCAUGCCAUUUCACCCUUGCAGACAGAAAGUUUGUUGCUUGUACCGACAUACCUUGGUCAGCAAGUAACAAAAAUUACACAAUGCCGCACCACAAUAACAAGAAAUAGCUCUAAAGCCUAUAUGGGGCCAAAAGAGCUGUGUAACUAAUGAAAGCGGUUUGGAACUGUAGAAGUUUGCUUCCCAACAGAAAAAAGCAUGCCAUCCAAACAUUACAAACAGAUAAUUUGUUACUCCUGCCGACUUACCUUGGUCGGCAAGUAACGAAAAUCAAAAUUGACCAGGUGCCACCCGAGCUGGAUAUAUCUUGGCGGGUGGCAGCUGUCCUCUAUGACAUAGAGGACACUGCCACUAUUCUGGAUGUACGCAGAUUAAGGGAGAAGAACUGGUCAGGUAUGGGAGUACAGCUGCUGGCACAAAUCCAGCAGGAAAACAUAAAUUCCAUAUCUGAUUCGGUAAAUUUGCCGGACGGCACCAGAUUGCACGUUGCUGUAGAAGGGCAGAGGCCAAAAUGCUACCUCUGCAGCAGCGAAAAACAUUUGAAGAAAGACUGCCCCAUUUUUAAACAAAGAAUGGAGGCAGAGAAAAAGAAGACAUUAUAACAACAAAAAAAAAACCAGCUUGAAACACCGAAAAUUGCCACACUACCAUCACCACCUCCACGAAGAGCGACACCAACUCCGGCCACCACCAAACCAACACCAACAAUUACAGCAACAGCACCGUUUCCUACAAAUAUUACUGAUUUUCGAUAAAUUGUGGAAACGGACCCGAUAAAUGUCCCCUUUCCAGAUCAGGUCAGCUCGGAUUGUGCGAGCACUGAUAGUGAGAAAGGGGAGUGGCACAUGGUGCCACCGAA